AUGCUCUUUCAGAUCAACAUCGGGGUCAGUGGGAAUGUCUUCCUCCUCCUGUUUUAUAGUCAUGUGAUCACCAGCCACAAACCCAGUUCCUCCGACCUGAUCCUCACCCACCUGAGUUUGGCUAAUACCAUAACCCUUCUCACCAGGGGGAUCCCAGAUACCUUGUCUCUUUGGGGACUGAGGAAUUUCCUGGACACUUCUGGGUGUAAAAUCCUCAUGUACCUCUAUCGAGUGGGCCGGGGCCUUACUAUCAGCACCACCUGCCUCCUGAGCAUCUUCCAGGCCGUCACCAUCAGCCCCGGAACCUCCCGGUGGGCAGGAGUCAAAGCCAAGUUACCCAGGUGGAUCCUCCCCUCCUUUAUCAUCUUCUGGAUUCUCAAUAUGCUGAUCGAAGUGAAUAUGUUGAUAGUAUUGAUAGGUCCCCAGAAUACCGGCCAUGCUCACACACCUCAGGACCUGAAAUACUGCUUUUUGGUUAAUACCACUACACGGGCUAACUUGAUACUUUCCACUGUGCUCUCCCUGCGAGAUCUGUUCUUCAUGGGACUCAUGAGCGCGGCCAGCAGCUAUAUGGUGUUUGUCCUGCACAGACACCACCGGCUGGUCCGGCACCUUCAUGGGCCCGGACGGUCCCCCAGCGUGAUGCCCGAGGUCCGAGCGGCCAAGAGGGUCAUUGCCCUGGUCACCCUCUACGUCCUCCUCUAUGGGCGGCAGACAGUCAUGCACAGCAUUAUACUGAAUAUGAAAAAGAAGUUGUCUCUGCUGAUGGAAAGUCACCAGGUGCUGUCAUUUGCCUUCGCAACCAUCAGUCCCUUCCUAAUGAUCCACAGUGACAGGAGGAUGAGAAAAUUCUGGAAAAGAGACUCUCCUGCUUCCAACGUGGAACUUUUUUAG